UAGCACAGUGGUCGAGGUAGCUCGACUGGCUGUGCCUUUGCGGUAGACAUACUGUGUCUCCUUUCAUUCUAUAUGUGACUAUCUGAACAAGGCGCUGAUCGACUCUGACAGAAAAUGGAAAGAAGAUCGUGGUGGCGAAACCCGUCGUGGAGCUUGAUGGAGAUGAAAUGACUAGGAUUAUCUGGAAAAAGAUCCGUGAAGAGCUUAUCCUUCCUUACUUACAACUGGACAUCAAGUACUACGACCUUGGCCUCGAGUACCGUGAUCAGACCAACGACCUGGUAACCGUGGAAGCCGCCAAUGCCAUCCUCGAGCACAAAGUCGGCAUCAAGUGUGCAACGAUCACGCCAGACGAGGCUCGCGUAGAGGAGUUCAAGCUCAAGGAGAUGUGGAAGAGCCCGAACGGCACGAUCCGUAACAUCCUCGGCGGAACUGUGUUCCGCGAGCCCAUCAUUUUGGACCGUAUUCCCAAGCCAAUUCCAGGAUGGGUGAAGCCAAUCGUGAUUGGCCGUCAUGCAUUCGGUGACCAGUAUCGUUCCACGGACUUCAUAGCACCGGGGCCAGGGAAGCUCCAGCUCGUAUACAGCCCUGCUGAUGGAGGGGCGAAGACUGUCAUGGAUGUUUAUGACUUCAAGGGAAGGGGUGUCGCCAUGAGCAUGUACAACACUGAUGAGUCAAUAACUGGGUUUGCACACUCAUCAUUUAAGAUGGCUCUCUCCAAGAAGAUGCCUUUGUUCAUGUCAACGAAGAAUACCAUUUUGAAGAAAUAUGAUGGUCGCUUCAAGGACAUCUUCCAAGAGAUCUAUGACUCGCAGUACAAGGCCGCUUUUGAGAAGGUCGGUAUUUACUACGAGCACCGUCUUAUUGACGAUAUGGUCGCGCAAGCAAUCAAGUCCUCCGGCGGCUUCGUCUGGGCAUGCAAGAACUACGACGGUGAUGUGCAGAGUGACAUCCUCGCUCAGGGCUUUGGUUCCUUGGGCAUGAUGACCUCGGAAUUGAUUACCCCCGACGGCCAGGUCAUCGAAAGUGAGGCUGCCCACGGUACCGUCACCCGGCACUACCGUGAGUAUCAGAAGGGCAAUGAGACGUCGACCAACCCCGUGGCAUCGAUCUUUGCAUGGACCCGCGGACUUCUCCACCGUGCUAAGCUGGAUGGCAAUGAAGAACUCAAGAAGUUCUGCUUGGAUCUCGAGGCUGCGUGUGUGGAGACGAUUGAUAAGGAUGGGAUCAUGACUAAGGAUCUUGCUCUUGCUAUCCACGGCAAGGAUAUGAAGAGAGAACAUUGGGUUGUCACCGACAAGUACAUGGAUGCUGUGAAUGCUAAGCUCCAGAAGAAGCUUGCUGGGGGUGUCACUGCCAAGGCUUGAGCGCUUUGUGUCGUUCGUAAUGAUGUAUCUUUUCUUUUAAUUAAACGGGAUGUACGUUCCGGGAACGGUGUAUUCUACAUUCCUCUGCGCAACGUGCGGCGCGCCAGCGUCGUCGUGGCCUCUUAUACCAUUUUGAAUGAAGGCAGAUUCGGAGCAUCUCAGCGGCCAGUCUACAUUUUCUAAGAUUUAUCAGAUACAUGACCACAAAGGUCGCUCUAGUUUUCGCCCGUCGUUGCCUCGCUUAUGCACACUCGUCAGAAAUGCUAC